AUUACAGCACAGCAUCGCCACUGCACUGUAACAGUGAUCUUGAGACUCAGUGUUACUGUAGGACUGAGCCGUUGCCGUAACUGCAAGGCUGAAGCAAAAGCUGAUAUUACCGCAGAAAUUAGGUCACAGAGACUGCAGUGAAAGUGCCAGAGGAAGCACUCACUCACACACAACACACUCUCCACACAUAACACUCAACACAACGCGAUGUUGUUGUUCUCCAAAGUAAGUCCUCUCUCUCUCUCUCUCUCUCUCACUAUAUAUGUGUCUAUCAAUUACACCACUAUUUUUGUAUUACACUAACUCUCUCUCUCUCUCUCCCUCUCCCUCCCUAUCUCCGCACUCUCCUAUCGUAUAACUAUUUACUACUUAUUUAUCUUCAUUUUAUUUAUUUACCACUUUUUUAUAACGCAUUCAUUUCUAACUUGUUGUUAAUUAUACUAAAAAUGGGUCUAUUUUUUGCUAAAUUCUGUUUGAUGUGGUGUUCACCUAAUCUACACGUGCUUUACUCGUCACAUGCGUUUGCGCUCAUUUCCACUACAAUUGAUUCUCAUAUAUUGUUUUAAACCAAUAUUAAGGCCAAUACAAUGGAUAACUUAGAUGACCCUGAGUAUCGUUCACUACGGCACCCGCGUUGGACCCCUUCACCUGUUGAUCUCAGUAUCGCUAAUAGCGUUCCGCCGUCCAGUGCUCUCAUCGCCUCACUUGGCGCCGCGUAUUUCUGUUCGGGAUCGCCAACCACUGCCAACUCUGGCUAUCCUAUCAACGGAGUCAUGAUCUCCGGACAGUCCUCUAACGCUCAUGUCAUGAGUUCCAGAAAACAGCGCGAAUUCAUACCCGAGGGUAAGAAAGAUGAGUCGUAUUGGGACAGAAGGAAACGCAAUAAUGAAGCGGCAAAGAGAUCACGAGAAAAGCGGCGCAUAUCUGAUAUGGUACUGGAGGCCCGGGUUAUGGAACUGACCCGAGAAAACUCGGUCCUCAGAACAGAACUCUUUGCCAUUAAAGAGAAGUUCUGUUUACCACAGACUCAGGUAUUUAUGGACACGGAUUCGAUGUCUUUGUCGGAUAAUGGGAACAGAGGCCACAGAACUCGACUUCUUUCCAAUAUAAUUGCGCCAAACAAUCAAAGCCGUAAUGAUUUGUCUGAAUAUUUGGAUAAGCGUUUAUUCACUAAUCAUAAUCUACUUUACAAACCAUUUAAAGCUGAGCUCAAUUCGAGUGGCAAUUCAACCACUAGUUAUGUCUCGUCGUCUUCGUCGCCGACAUCCCAGUCGUCGCAAUCGUCGGACCGCAUGGCGUCCCACAGACCCCACACACCCAACACUCCCAACACUGCCCCACAGAAUCUAUCACAACGUCUGGCAACACAAGCCAUGUGUUGCCAACCAAUUGCUAACCCCAACUGUCCAAUCAAUUCAGUAAACACAGCGACUCUUCCCUUCAAAUUGAGACAUAAGGCGAAGAAUAAUACCGCCGACAGUGACUCGGGUAGCGAUACCUGUAUUAAUGUGUUGACCGAUAUUACGCCCAAUCACUGUGUGAUCAACACUACAGAAGGCCUUAAUAACGAUAACAACGGCAGUGCUCUCAACGACUCGAUCCUGAAGUCUGAGAACUAUGCCCUCAGAAGUGAACUCCAAAAACUGGCCACAGAAGUGGCUUCACUCAAGAAUGUCUUCAAUCCGAACCACAAUUCGCUCAAAUCAAUGACAUCUAACGACUCUCACGACUCCAUUCAUUCACAUUUAUAUCGUAGAGACAGUCAUUCGCCGGAUUUGAAGGAAGAGCCGACCGAAAGAUCCCAUCUACACUGGAAGUACCAAAGGACUAACAUAUAUCAAGUGUACCAAUACAAUCCUAUGAUAUAG